AUGAAAGAGGCCUGGACUCUCCUUGUCACCUCUCCACAACACAACUAUUACCACCAAUUUUGCAAAUUAGGGGGUUCAAAGCUAUUGCAUAUGCCGCCUUGGAGUUACAAGGAAUUGCAAAAUUGCAAAGACAUUCUCUAUCCAACUGAACAAAUAUUGCCCACUAGGCUCAUGGACCGGGUUUUCAAAUGGUACGGCGGUGUGCCCAGACACGUUCUUGAAAUGGCAACAACUGCAUUCAAAGAACAUCACGGCGAUGAGGACAAGGUGUUGAAAGCUCUGGUCCAGGGAAUGAAUCAAGCCAUUCACAAAGUCACCCCAGUGGAGAGCUUGGACAAUUUCAAUUGGCAUGGGCAUUGCCCCAACAAAUACUGUGGACUGGUAUUUGAGAUGCAAACUCAAAGGUUGUUGCAAGAAGGCAGAAGAUUUCAAGUCCGUCAACUUGGUAAAGGAGAUCCACAAACUGGCCAGAACAUUACAAUCACAUUUUCUGAAGCUGGGUGUCAAACCUUCAAAACUUACAAAGAAGUUGACCUACACACCAAUGUGUUCUGGAAGCCGUGCAGUCCAAAUCUGGCAUCAAUUGAUUUGUUGCGUGGACCAGCAAUUUUUUUUCAAAUUACUGUUUCCAAAACACAUCCGAUCAAGCAUGAGGGCCUCAACAAAGCCCUGAAGCUGGUGGACAAGUCAGAAUCUAGUCAAAGGCUUUAA